AUGGCUCCAGAGCGAGUGGGGAAGCGUGUUAGAGUAUACUGGUCUGAAGAGGAGGAGUGGUUUGAAGGUACUAUUCAGGAGCUCGAUGAAUCUCAAGGAUACUACGUCGUCUAUGACGACGGUGACGAACGGUGGGAAUCGGAAGGUCAACCGAUGCUAGUUGAAGGCGAAGAAGAGGCACAGACUGCUGCGAACUAUGAAGAGCUGAGGGACACAGAUCGAACGCCUCAAAUGAUGGAGCCUCCAGCAUCACCUGGAAGUGACGACGAUGACGACUACGAAGGAGUGGAGCAAAGUGAGAACCACCAAAAGCCUCAAGCUCAAGAAAAAGAGGAGGAUCAACAAAGUAAUUCUCAGGAUACGCAAUCCAUCGCUGAGUCAGAGAUGCCUCAAACCUUCGGGACAACGAGAGAGAAAACAAGUAAGCGUACGAGCACACCGCCUUCAGCCGUACUGGUCCCAAUAAAAGGAAUGUUGGAAGGUAGAGUUUUACGAGCCACGGGUUUGCAAACAAGUCGAGCGCUUGCCCCCAAUGCUUUUGUCCGAGUUUCAUUUGUAGAAUCUGGCGAUGCCACGCAUGCGAGCGCCAUGCUUCGAUGUAAAGAGACAUUGUCAACCACUGGUAUCGUUCGAGGCUCUGUCAACCCUGCAUGGAGCGAAGAUCUAAUGAGCGAUGACGAUCAUCAAAGCAAAGAUAGCAGCAACGACGGAAGCUUUCAACUGGAGCUGCUUCCACGAGUCAUACCACCUGCAACAAAACCUGCAUGGCACCAACUUCCAGGCGACGUACUUUUCACCGUGUUUUCAGCCUCGAGAUCCGACGGUAGUCGCAGUGGAGCGAAUGAACAUAUCGGCCAGGCCACGAUAUCAUUGCGAAGUCUAAUGCACGAUUUAUUAACCAUAUCUCCCUUCACAACUCGCGUUCUCGAGCUUCGAUCGCGCAGUGGAAAACGUCUCGGGUACGGCAACACAUCGGCACGAAGUCUAUAUGACGAUGGCAGGGCAGAACCCCCAACGUUGGUCGCUUCUUUCAAGUUCGUGCCGACUUAUGAGAGUAAAAAAACCAAACCAAAAGCUCUCCGCUCUCGACAAGAGAAAGCUCGAAGUGCAAAGCGAACAGCGCCCGCUCAAACGAGUAGCAGCAGUAUCAAUCGUCGACGCUUUGAGCAACAAGUAGCGAAGGAUAAUCGAUCGUUUGCUAAGCGAUUGGAGUGGAAAGAAGCUCGUCGAACGCGUCAAUCGGCUCAAGCAAAAGCUCAGGAGAAGAGGAAGGUGACUCCACCUCAACAUGGCGCCAGAAAGCACGGACAUAAAUCUCAUUCAGGCAUCAAUCGGACCAAGUUUGUGCAACAGAUUGCUGCCGAGAACAAAGCAAUGGGUCGACGACUGCAGAAUAUCCUCGGCACUGACGACGGUGCUCGCAAUCCCGAGAAAUUCAGCAGUUGGGCUGCAGCAGAACCCAAAGACAGUUUAAGCUAUGACUACAUGGAUCGAGAUAAACUGCAUGCACAGGAUAAGCGCUGGCAACGACAAGUGGAGCUCGAUUUUCUAAUGGAAAAGGCUCAGACUACGUACCAGCAACAACAUCAAAUGGUGGAGGAAGUCGUGGAGCUUCAGGAAGCGGUCGCGACACUAAAAACUCAAGUGGAUACACUGAACAAGAGUGUACUGCGUCUCAAUAUCCUCAACAAGAAGGACCAACACGUACGCGACUGCCUCCUGCGUGCUGCUGUAACUUCAGGAAGCUCGGCUGUCAAGGGGUCACCACGACAACCGCAUACGCUGAACGGAAGCUCCUCCGGUAAGAACCGUAAAGAACAAGAGCUGGAGCUUCUGACGCAGCAUCGAGAUCGUCUGCAAGCUGAUAAGCGCAAGUCAAGCCAAGAGUUGAUGGCUCUUAACCAACAGGAGCUCGAACUCGACAGCGAGAUGGAAGAUCAACAGUCGAAGUGGGAAUACGCGCUAGCCACGCAGCUUUUCCAUCGACAAAUGGGCAAGAAGAACGCGGCUCAAACCCAACAAGCAAUGCAAGAGAUGAAGAGGAGACAGAAGGCGUUGGAACUCUCACGUGAAGAAGAAGAACAAUGGGCUUGUUACCAGGCGCAUCAAGAACUUACGCAGCUUCAAAUUGCCAUCCAGAUUCUCAAAGACCAGCACGGCGGAGGUUUAGCUGGCAGUCGAGCCUCCAAGUCUUCGUCAACUGCAGUUUGCGAGUAUCUGACGAAAAAGAUUGCCAAGCAAGAAAGAAAGUUACAGCAGCUUCAAGAGGAAGUGGAGCGACGACGCAAUGACUACGAGGUAAUGCUAGUCAGUGGCGGGAACGAGAGUCUUCGGAGACGUGUGCAGGAGCUGCAAAAACUGGUUUUCCUGUGCAAAUCUCAAGCUAGCCAUGUCAAGAAAGCAGAGAGAAGCGCACGACGGAAGGGCGAGCAAGUGGACUUGGAGUUCCAACGACGAUUGUUUAGUGAACAAACGGAAACAGACAUUUUGCUCAAGAACAUUCCCAAGCAGGAGGAACUCAAAUAA